ACCCGCGCGCAGAGCCAGGCCGAGCCAAUUCCAAUAUGGUGGCCAGCUUGGCAGGUCUACGGUUCCCGUGCAUGAUAUUGUUGUUCUGCGGGAUCGGGCACGGCGACUGCGGCCGGGAAGCGCCGCCGGUUCUGGGGCUGCGACUGGAAGAUCCGGCCGGCCUGGUGUGCAUGAAGGACCGGAUCAUCUCGGCGCCAGAGGGAGCCACGUUCAAGCUCCGUCUCUUCGGGACCGAGCCGAACGCGAGCUGGCCGUGGGUGGCGUUCGCGGGGGCAGCCGGCGGAGCCGCCGGGGCGGUCGGUGACGCGCCGGACCCGUGCGUAAAGGAGUCCAACCGACGCGCGUCCUCCUUCCAGGUGACGGGCGGGUUCACGCCGGAUGAGGCGUUCAGCGGGCUGAUAACGGUGGAGGUCCGGCGGAGGGGGAGCGUCCCUUCAGGGGGUGAGACCUACCACCACCUGUGCGUGAACAGCGGGGGGGAGUGGGCAUCCGCGGGCCCGGACAAGCUCCGGAUCAACACCGACACGGGUCUGCCGGCGGACCACAUCCCCCCGUGGGGUCUGGCGGUGCUGAUCGUGGUGCUGCUGCCCGUGUGCGCGCUGCUGCGGGUCGUGAACCUGAGCCUGCUGUGGCUGGACCCCGUGGAGCUCUACGUCCUCCACAGCUGCGGCUCCGAGGAGGAGAAGCGGGCGGCCAAGCGCCUGGAGCCCAUCAGGAGGAGGGGCAACUUCCUGACGUGCUCGUUGCUGUUCCUGUCCGCCGUGGGUCACUCGGUGCUCGGCGUGCUGCUGUACCGGGCGCUCGGCACCAUCGUCUCCGCCGUGUUCGCCAGCGGCUUCCUCAUCUUCUUCGUGGCCGAGCUGGCUCCCCACGUCCUGUGCUCCGGCUACGGCUUCCAGAUGGCGCCGGGGCUCACCUGGCUGGCCCAGGUGUGCCUGGUGCUCACCUGCCCGCUGUCCUGCCCUCUGGGACUGAUCCUGGACCUGGCGCUGAGGAGGGACAUCAGCACCUGCGGGAUAAGGGAGCGCGCCAUGGAGAUGAUCCGCACCAGCGUCAACGACCCGUACAGUGAGUUCGUGAAGGAGGAGUUCAGUCGCGGGAUGCUGCGCAGUAAGACGGUGGAGGACAUCCUGACCCCCCUGAAGGACUGCUUCAUGCUGCCCAGCUCCGUGGUCCUGGACUUCUCCACCAUGUCGGAGAUCAUGCAGAGCGGCUACACCAGGGUGCCCAUCUACGAGGAGGAGAGGUCCAACAUCGUGGAAAUCCUGUACGUGAAGGACUUGGCUCUGGUGGACCCGGACGACUGCACCCCCAUGACCACCAUCACCAAGUUCUACAACCACCCGCUGCACUACGUCUUCAACGACACCAAGCUGGACGCCAUGCUGGAGGAGUUCAAGAAAGGCAACUCUCACAUGGCCAUCGUGCAGAAGGUGAACAACGAGGGGGAGGGGGACCCGUUCUACGAGGUGCUGGGAUUGGUCACCCUGGAGGACGUCAUCGAGGAGAUCAUCAAGUCGGAGAUCCUGGACGAGUCCGACGGCUACCUCGACAGGAAAGUGAAGCGUCCUCUCGCUCCGCUGGAGAUCCCUCUGGAGCCUCGCAGCGUCCACGAGGAGUUUUCUAUCUUCAAGCCCCCGGAAGGAGAACCGAAGAUCAGGACGUCGCCACAGCUCCUGCUGGCUACACACCGCUUCCUGUCCAGAGAGGUGUCGCACUUCAGCCCCGGCCGCAUGUCGGAGAAGGUCCUCUUCCACCUGCUCCGUCACCCCAGUGUCAACCAGGAAGUGCCCUUUGACCCCAACAACCGCCUGAGCCCGGGUCACUAUCUCUACACGCGCAACCACCCGGUGGACUAUUUCAUCCUGCUGCUGCAGGGUCGGGUGGAGGUGGAGAUCGGGAAAGAGGGGCUGAAGUUCGAGAAUGGAGCGUUCACGUACUACGGCGUUUCUGCUCUAACGCUGCCCUCUUCAGUGCACCAGUCUCCAGUGUCGACCCAGUGUCACUCUCCCAGGGAUCCCUUUGAGUCAGCGGACGCCACGAGUCCGUCCAGCUACUGUCCCGACUACACCGUCCGAGCGCUCACCGACCUGCAGCUCAUACGGGUGACCCGUCUCCAGUACCUGAACGCUCUCAUGGCGUCGCGUGUCGGUCAGAGUCCAGAACCUCCUGAGAUUAAGAUCCUGCCCAACAGUCAGACCAAGCUGCUCAACGACAGGAACUCACAAGGUGGCGGUAGCGCCCAGGAGAGCUCCACGGAAGAGGAGGCUCAUGGGUAACGCGGUUCUGACCCGCUCCGGACCAAUCGGAGAGGUUUAUUUUAAUAUUAUGAAUCAUUUAUGGCUGGAACGUAGUUAUUAAACUGGAGUGAGAGAUCGUGUGUGUUACGUA